AUGGCGCGCAAUCCAGCAAUUGAUCCCCCGCGCUUUGCACCACCCGCGAGGGUCUACUCGAGCACUUCCCCGUCACCCUCGACAUCCCCAUCCUCUUCUCCAUCUCGGCAUGGCCGCAACUACUCGCAGUCGUACGAUCCCCUGGGCCGAGAUCUGUCCCCGACGCGCACAUUGAAAGCCUUCACGUCGGCGCCAGGCAGUGAUGAAAGCAGGGGCCAGGUAGCCCUGGUGCGCUUGAUUGAGAAGGCAUCGACUUCAGAAAGAGCUUUUGGAAUCAGGAUAGCCCAGACGUGCAAGGACAUCAAAGCGUGGCACAAUGAACUGCAGCAAUGGCCAUGGGCCGACUCGUUCGAGCCUCCCGCCCAUGCCGCCGACGCCGUCGAGGGGCCAUACUGGGGCAGUCUGCGUGAGAACCAGGUCAUUGCCUACGAACAGCGCAUCCAGGACAUCCGGGAAGCCUUGUUUGAUGGAGAUGUUGAUGAGCUCAAAGACUAUGUCCUCUCGCACCACAUACAGCCAAAGACUUCCGAAUACGAACACUACGAACAUCUCGACGAUUUUACUGCCCUCAUUACUGCCACCAUUCUGCGUGCAUUGCCAGACCUUUCGCGACUGGAUCGUUUGUUGAAUACUUGGUCCAUGCGUGUUACGCUGCUGCGCAAGGUCCCAGGCUAUCUCAGAGGCCUCGACCAAGCCAAGGCUGAUCUAGACAAGGCAUGGUCUGACAUGACGACCUGUCUCAGAGACUCUCGGGAUACCACUGUUACGCGCAAUGCUUUCCAAUCGCUCCAAGAACAACUCGAAUCACGAAUGGGAAAGGUUGGCGGACGACUAGACUCUUUGUUAGACGAUCUUGAAGGAAGGGAAGAGACUCUCCCAGACGCUUGGAUCGACACGUUCGAGUCGCUCGAAACGAGCUACAGUGACUGGCUUACCCAGACUGAACGUCACAUCGUUGCUCAGAAUAUGCCUCUGCAUGUGCCUGCUGUCAAGAAGUCGACUCCUGCUGAUGUCACAACCCGUGAGAUGUCCUCCUCCACCACAGACUCCUCAGACCAGGAAGAGCCUGUCCCUGUCCAUGCUGCCCCAGAACUGCUGUCAUCUUCCAGCCCUGCCCCAGAGCCCACCUUGCCCAACGAAAGUGUUCCGACCGAAGCCACCGGCCGAGGUCGACAAGACGCUCUUGUUCAGCAGGUAGAAAGCCCUAUCCUGGGAACGAGUCCCGCUUUCUUGCCUGACUUGGACGAAUCCUCCGACGUGGAGAGCGAUAGUGUCUCGCAAGACCUGAAGAGGAUACCUACCUUACCGACGGAAGCUUCUCAACCUGUUCCUUCCUCCACUGGCUCUUUACAUCGAGCCGGAAGUCUGAAAUCUUUGUCACCGAGCCUCUCAAGGUCUCGCCAUGUGCCCAUCGUUGUCGAUUACAAUGGAAGUCGCACAGCAUCUCCGCCUUCGAGUGCUCCGACUCCCGACCUCGUAUCACCCUCGGUCUCUGCCAACAACUCUUCGUCCCCGACUGUCGAGCAGGCCUCUCCAGCCGUGAGUAACGUUCGCGCUAGAGCAGCCUUCCUCAAUGGAGGCAUUGAGCGUACCCAGUCGCUUCAAAAGUCUGUCAACAGUCCUGUUCGAUCAUUCGAACAUGCUUCCAUGGCCUUCACAAAGCUUUUCAACAAGACAAACAAUGCUGCCAAUGGCACCACAAAUCAUUCGAGGACGAGUUCCACUUCUAGCAAGUCAAGUGCCCGAAAGGGUCUUGGUUUGGGCAUCAAAACCCACGAAGGCUUUCGCCAUUUUCAUCGCUCUACAUCUCUGACAAAUCAAUCUCAGCCUGAUAAAGACAAGAGAAACCUAGCGACCGAAUCUCAGCAAAUUGUCCAUGCGUCUUCGCCGCCUACACGACAGAGUUUCAGCCCAGAUCGGAAUACGGGUUCUCGUGCAGUCUCUCAACCAGCAGCACAAAUCAACUUUGCUCGGGAGCACGAACGACCCAUGGAAGCUUAUCUUACUCCCGAGCUUGAUCAAGAUUAUUUCCCCUCGACCGAGAAUAGUAAAUCAACCAUCGACACGGCUUGGAACUCUCCCGCGCCAGUUGAGUUCCCCGAAAACUGGCCCCUGCCUCUGCCUGUCAAGAUAUAUGACGAAGAGAUAUCCACCCCGAGGGAGCCAAUGGAUUCCGAUGUGUUCGAGAAAAUGUUUGUUGAUAGUCUACCGGGAACACCACAAACCAAAUCUCGGCCACCAUCACAGGAGAGCAAUCCGUUCGAGAACAUGUUCAGAUCGAAAAGGUCAAAGUCAAAAGAGCCACUCAUGGAUGACACCAUGCUCGGCGGCAUGGCUCAACAUAGACCUCGUAGCGGUUCAUCUUCGCCUGGAGGUCCUAGACCAAGACACAUGUCAAGGCCUAGCACCACAAGCUUGACAUUCGAGCCAAUCACAGAGUUGCCAACGCCGGGAUCGUUCGAUGCAACUCCUGAGGUGCAGGAUGCCUCUGCGGCGGGGUAUUUCAGAGCUAAGCAAGUGCAGACUUCGCCAGGUAGUAGGCUCUCACCAGCUGCUAGAAGCAAUACUUCGUGGAGUAACUUCAGCGCGAUUGGUGCCGGACACGAUGAUGUCAAUGAGGGUUCCGACGACCGUGAGGACCAGUACAGCUUCGCGGAGAGACGCCCAAUGAUCAAGAGAGCUUCUGUCACCUCUAUUGAGAACCAUCCAAGGUCAGAGCUGAAUACCAUCGAAAUACCUGAUAUGCCGAGGCGGCAUAGUCUCUCGCCCCCUACCACAGCCAAACUUGUCAAAGAGCAAUCCUUCGAACAGAUGAACAGCGAGAUGUUAUCUCACGACGAUAUUGGUGGUGAACCCCCUGCUUUCGGAUUGCCGCCACCUACAUUGAGUUCUGAUCUGGAACCACGCAUUACUGGUAACACAGUAGGAGCGAUCAAGCCGCCUCCCUUGAAUCUUGAAGUACAUAAACGUCGCUAUGUUGUAGAACCGGAAGCAACACCCCGAGCAUCAGAAUCCAACCGCAGCAUCUCGCAGCCCGAGACCACUAAGAAGGGACACAAGCGUAACAUCUCGAACGCUGAGCAGUUGGAUAGACACGUCAGCCGGGUUUUGAACACACUGCCUUCCCGAAUUGCAUUCAAGCCCUCUCUCUCGAUUCCAUCUCGUGAGCCAUCUCGUGAGCCAUCCCCUGCGCCGGCCACCGCUGCUGGUCCACCCCGACCACGCCCUGCGUUGUCGAGUAAGCCUCCUCGUACAGGGCUCACUCUGUCCGCUGUGCAGUCGGAAUUGACAUCAAGGAAGUCAACUGCAAACGAUGCGGACGGCAAGAUGUACUACUUGACGCAAGAGGGCAAGGAACAACCAAUCAAACUGUUUGUCCGCCUGGUAGGCGAGGGCGAACGCUGUAUGGUACGCGUAGGCGGCGGUUGGGCCGACCUAGGCGAGUAUUUGCGUCAAUACGCCGAGCACCACGGCCAUCGUACUUUUAGUGACGGUAAGCUGGAAGUGGGCAGCAUGCGUUUAGGUGGCGGUACGAAGGCUAGAACACCUCUUAGCAGACCUGGAAGUGUACUCGAUCGUCCUGAUAGCAGUAUGAGCUUCAGAAGUCGUUCUUCCUUUGGCGCUGCAGGUACUCCGAUGCCUGUGGAUAUGAUGCACAGUAGUCCUUCGGCCACCACUCAGCCUAUCGAUCUUACACCUACGACCACACGCAAUGGCGCUUAUCACACUCCUACGGGCUCCGUCAAAAGCUCCUCGCGCCCAUCCACCGCCGAUACCUUCCUGAACGCCUCUCCCUCCUCAUGGUCGGGCCAGGACAUUGGUCUCGCAGGUCCUUCUGUCAAACACUCCCGCGGCAACCGUGAGCUUGAUGAGCAAAAGGCUCGCUGGGUCGAAGAAAUGAUGACUCGAGCCAAGCAAGCCAGCAGUGUCGAGAGAAAGAAGAGCGAGACUGCUUGGUCAGACAUGGGCAAAGUAGGUGGCACGAGACGUAUGGUUUUCAGACACAAGACCAGUGGUGAAAACGGAAGUGGCUAA